CGCCGCCAGUCCGCCGCCCCGCCGCCGCCAUGGGCCGGGCCCCGCGGGGUGAACGCGAGCCGCCCGGCCCCCGGCCCGGCCCCGACCCCGCCGCGGCGCCGCCCGCACCCCGCCGCGCCCGCGCCCUGGCGCUGCUCGGGGCCCUGCUCGCCGCCGCCGCCGCCGCCGCCGCCGCCCGAGCCUACGCCCGCCACAACGAGGCCCAGGCGGCCGCGCGGCAGCAGGAGUCCGCGCUGAAGGCCCUGGGGGCAGAAGGCCUCUUUCUCUUUUCCUCCUUGGACACAGACCAGGAUAUGUACAUCAGCCCUGAGGAGUUCAAGCCCAUUGCUGAGAAGCUGACAGGGUCAACGCCUACGGCCAGCUAUGAAGACGAGGAGCUGCCCCUUGACCCCAGCGAGGAGACGCUCACCAUAGAAGCCCGAUUCCAGCCUCUGAUCCCGGAGUCCAUGACCAAGAGCAAAGACGGGUUCCUGGGGGUCUCCCGCCUGGCCCUGUCCGGCCUCCGCAACUGGACGACUGCAGCCUUGCCAAGCGCGGUGUUCGCCGCCCGCCACUUCCGGCCCUUCCUGCCCCCCCGGGGCCAGGUGGAGCUUGGGGAGCCCUGGUGGAUCAUCCCCAGCGAGCUGAGUGUCUUCACCGGCUACUUGUCCAAUAACCGCUUCUACCCACCACCGCCCAAAGGCAAAGAGGUCAUCAUCCACCGGCUCCUGAGCAUGUUCCACCCGCGGCCUUUCGUGAAGACGCGCUUUGCCCCUCAGGGGGCCGUGGCCUGCCUGACGGCCAUCAGCGACUUCUACUACACUGUGAUGUUCCGGAUCCACGCCGAGUUCCAGCUCAGCGAGCCGCCUGACUUCCCCUUCUGGUUCUCACCUGGCCAGUUCACGGGCCACAUCAUUCUCUCCAAAGAUGCCACUCACAUCCGAGACUUCCGGCUCUUCGUGCCCAACCACAGGUCUCUGAACGUGGACAUGGAGUGGCUGUAUGGGGCCAGUGAGAGCAGCAACAUGGAGGUGGACAUUGGCUACAUCCCCCAGAUGGAGCUGGAGGCCCUGGGCCCGUCGGUGCCCUCCAUGAUCCUGGACGAGGACGGCAACAUGAUCGACAGCCGGCCGCCCUCAGGGGAGCCCCUCCAGUUUGUAUUUGAGGAGAUCAAGUGGCAGCAGGAGCUGAGCUGGGAGGAGGCCGCCCGGCGCCUAGAGGUGGCCAUGUACCCCUUCAAGAAGGUCACCUAUCUGCCAUUCACUGAGGCCUUCGACCAAGCCAAGGCCAAGAACAAGCUGGUGCACUCCAUUCUGCUGUGGGGGGCCCUGGAUGACCAGUCCUGCUGAGGUUCAGGGCGGACUCUCCGGGAGACUGUCCUGGAAAGUUCGCCCAUCAUCGCCCUCCUCAACGAGAGCUUCAUCAGCACUUGGUCCCUGGUGAGGGAGCUGGAAGACCUGCAGGACAGCCAGGAGAACCCAUCCCACAAGAAGCUAGCUGACCUGCACCUGGAGAAGUACAGCUUCCCCGUGGAAAUGAUGAUCUGUCUGCCCAACGGCACCGUGGUCCACCACAUUAAUGCCAACUACUUCUUGGACAUCACCUCCAUGAAGCCCGAGGAUGUUGAGAACAACGUCUUCAGCUUCUCGUCCACCUUUGAAGACCCGUCCACAGCCACCUAUAUGCAGUUCCUGAAGGAGGGCCUUCGGCGUGGCCUGCCCUUCCUCCAGCCCUAGUGCGCCCUCAGGCCGUGGGAGACCAGGCGGGAGAGCGGGGAGCUGACUGAAAGGCUUCCAGUGCUGAAGCCAGGCCCCUCUGGCCUGGAGCCCGUGGUCCUCGCACUCCCACCCCUGCCACUCCCAGGCUGCCCAUGGGACCUGAGGUCAAUGAGGGGGAGACAGGGGGGCGCCUGGGCUGACUGGACGGGUGAGCCUCUGGCUCCAGAUGCCACCAUUAGCCCUUUACUACCCUCAUGGUUCCAGAAGCUGCUCAGGAUACUGGAAACAGGGCCUUGGGUCAUCUCCCUGGACCUCACCCGCUUAGGCACAUAGUCCAGGUCUUUGUGGGGUGAAGAUCAGGGAGGAGUGGUGCUAGGAAGACUGGGCCACCUCUCUCUCCUUACAGCCCCUACCUCCCAGAAGAAACAUCAGGGGACCCUGGACUGGGGGCUAAGGAAAGUUUGCCCGGGAAGCACUCUUGUUUGGAGCCUCCUUCCUGGCUGUCUUCCUCUGCCUGGUGUCCCCCGGUGGGGUGAGUUUGAGUUGGAGACAGCCUUCUGGAGGUUCAGGGCAAAGCCAUCCUUCAGAAGGAAAAUCCGCUGUACCCAGGACCUCAGCUGCCCACACACUCAGUCCAACUUAAUGAUAGGACCCCAGCCCCUACUUUGGGACUUGCUGGAGGCCGGCUGUCUGGAGAGGGUCACUGUGAAGUAAGCUUCUGCUCUUAGCAAGGGAGGCCAUUGAGGGGUUCCUGAGGCCCAGGGCCAAGGCACCCCCUAGUGCCUACCCCAGCAAGGGUCACAGUGCGACGAUGGAGCCCGCAUCCCGCCCCUCAGACCCUGGAUCCACAGAAGUAUAGCUCAGCCAAAGAACACAGCCCACCCCACCUUCACCCCAGCUGGUGCUGCCCCAGCUGUCGGGGCAGCCCAGACCAGCCCAGACCAGCUUGCCCACCAGCGAGUGGCCACUGACCCUCCUUGGCCUCUCUUAAGGACUUGGUCUACAUCCCAACCAACUGACCACAGCCAGUCUUUUUUAUACGUGCAGAAAAGUGUUUUUAUGUGAAAUUUCUCACAGUUUGUAGGUAUUUUUGAUAACCCCAAUGCUGAGGAGAAAGAAGGGGGCCAUGUCUUCCCGCAGCAGCAGCUCCAUGAUGGCUGGAUCUGAAAUCCUAGAUGGGUCCAGCUUGAUGUCUUUGCAGCUGCACCUCCAGGAAGAAACAGUCCUCUCUUCCUUUUCUUCCAGCUUUUUAAAAAAGGCCAAUGUACCCCCAACUCUAUCCUUGUCCCCCAUUCAGGCCCAUGAGUGCUCCUUGGGCUUUCAUUAAAGCCUUGGAGCCAUGCCUCUCCCCAGCACGUGCCCCCACAGAGGCUCACUCUUAAACCUGGAAGAGGAAGGCAGACAUCUCCUCAGACACACUCCCAGGCCUGCCCUCCACUGAGUUCUCCCGUCUGUCCCUGAAGUGUCCAUUCCGGGCCUUCUCCAGCGGGGGCACUCUGUUAACAUGACUCAUGUUUUCUCAUUUAAUGCUCCCCAAAAAACUGUGAGGCAGAUAUUAAUUGUUCCCCUGUUGCAGAUGAAGAAACUGAGUCUCAGGGAAGUGAAGGAACGUGCCCAAGGUCACCGAGAGGAAGCGAUGAGACUCAGCCUGUCUCUAUUUUGGAGGGUUUUGUUUUGCACAGCAGCCAACCUCUCCCCCCUGCCCAUCUUCACUGAGGUGAAAAAGAAGGCCUCUCAGACCAAAAUGUCUCACUCCCCUCUGAUCUCCAGACCCGAAGAGGCAGGAGCCAGCAAGCUCAACCAAGUUGUGUCCUUCCGGGAGGCAGUGCUCCCAUGCCCCUUACAGGGAAGGGGGCACCGGAGUCUGUCUGCCAGCUUCCAGGCCUGGGUGGCAUAACCAGGCCCAUGAGCCACCCAGUGUCAGCAGAGACUCAGCCUCGCUGCCCAGUAGGCUCUUCCCCUUGUGCGGGUCCAGGAGGGCCCGCUGCACACUGAGCAAUCCUUGUCCCAUGUAAGGCACUGAUUGCCUUGGCUUUUUGAUCUUCAUCUCAAGCCUCUUCCUGACACACCCCCACCCCCACCCCCACCACAACUGUAUCUUGAAGCUUAUGGUGGGGGAGGGCCCCCAGCUCACUCCUGUCACCUGUCACUUCCCUCCCCUCCUCACACGUCCUAUAAUAAAAUUGGAGAGACCAGG